AUGCGCCGCCAGUCUGUCGGCCCCGACGGCACCCUCAUCUUCCCCUCACACUCCGCUCGGCACACCCUCCGCGCGGUCAACUCGAUCGACUACUCUGGCUCCGCGCCGAAGACGACGCUCGGGCAACUGAACCCCGGCACGCCCCCGGUCGCGUGGAGCCACAGCAACGCGCUGGUGUUCGGGCGCGGGAACCGGGUGUUCUACAAGUCGAUGAACGACACCGAGGGCGUGUCCUCGCAGCUCACGAAGCUCCCCGACCACCUCGGCGGGCUCCGGCUUGUGCAGGCCGCGGGCGCGGACCAGCCGCAGAUCGUCGUGCUCGCGACGCACUCGGGCUCGCUCCAGCUCUGGGACCUCGCGACGAAGCGCGCGGCGAUGCAGUGGCGGCUCGCGGCGAGCAAGACGCCGAGCGCGCUCGCGUGGAACGCGUCGCUGCUGAGCGUCGGGGACGCGCGCGGCGGGGUGCGCCACUACGACACGCGCGUCGGCGUCGGCGCGGGCGGGGGCGCGGCGAAGAUGAAGGACGGCGCGAUCCGGGUCACGCGCCACCAGGGGAGGAUCACGGCGAUGGCCUGGGGGCGGGACGGCGUGCACGUCGCGUGCGGGGACCAGAACGGGCUCGUGCUCGUGUGGGACAUCCGGAAGCCGCGCGUGCCGCUCGAGCUCGGGGAGAUGGUCCAGCGGAGGCGGAAGAUGCAGCACUCGGGCGCGAUCACGGCCCUGACGUGGUGCCCGUGGUACGGGAACUACCUGCUCUCUGGCGACACCGGGCCCGAGGGCACCGGCGUCCUCCGCUCCUGGGACUUCUCGAACGGGGACGAGAUCCCGACGGCGACGCAGGAGAAGCCGAACCGGGUCGAGUUCGACGCGCCCGUGACCUCCAUCCACUUCUCGCCGCACAUCAACGAGAUGGUGACGACGCACGGGGCGGCGGCGGCGCCCGCGGACGCGCCGCCGAGCCAGCAGCCGCUGCCCGGGUUCGCGACGAACAGCAUCGUGGUGCACCAGUUCCCGGCGCUGCGGUGCGUGCGCAGCGUGCGCGUCGCGGACCACGCGCUCGCGGGGAGCGUGCUCAGCCCGAACGGGCACCGGAUCGCGGUCGCGGUGCCGGAGGAGUGCCAGCUGAAGGUGUGGGAGGUGUGGGGGAAGCUCCGGGACUCGACCAAGCAGGCGUUCAUGUCCUGCACGAUCCGGUAG